AUGGAUUCAUUCAGAGCACCUGAAAAUGAGUCGCUGUUGUCCAGUUCCUCUGGUCCUGCCAGAUGGGAUCCCUUCCGUCGUCCCUUGGACUCCAUCCAGCCCUGGCACUUCAGGCUCCUGGCAGCUGUAAUGUUGGUGGUGACCUCCCUGUCGCUUGCUGAGAACCUGGCUGUAAUCCUGGUAACUUUUAAGUUCAAGCAAUUGAGACAACCUGUCAAUUAUGUUAUAGUCAAUUUGUCUGUGGCUGAUUUCCUGGUCUCACUGACUGGUGGCACCAUCAGCUUUUUAACAAAUCUGAAAGGUUAUUUUUAUAUGGGAUACUGGGCUUGUGUACUGGAAGGAUUUGCUGUCACAUUUUUUGGCAUUGUUGCUCUCUGGUCUCUUGCUCUGUUGGCUUUUGAGCGGUACAUUGUGAUCUGCCGCCCCGUGGGAAACAUGCGCUUGAGGGGGAAGCAUGCCGCCCUAGGUAUUGCCUUUGUGUGGACCUAUUCCUUCAUUUGGACCAUUCCACCAACAAUGGGUUGGAGCAGUUACACCACCAGUAAGAUUGGAACUACUUGUGAGCCUAACUGGUACUCGGGAGCUUUUACUGACCAUACGUACAUUAUUGCAUUCUUCACCACCUGUUUUAUAGUGCCUUUAUCAGUGAUUUUGGUAUCCUAUGGAAAACUGAUGCGGAAGCUAAGAAAGGUGUCAGAUACGCAAGGCAGGCUGGGAACUACCAGGAAACCUGAAAGACAAGUGACUAGAAUGGUGGUCGUUAUGAUCAUUGCCUUUCUAAUCUGCUGGAUGCCAUAUGCAGCCUUUUCUAUCCUAGUCACUGCAUACCCCUCCAUUGAGCUGGAUCCUUGUCUGGCAGCAAUUCCAGCUUUCUUUUCCAAAACAGCUACUGUUUAUAAUCCAAUUAUUUACGUCUUUAUGAACAAACAGUUCAGGAAGUGUCUGAUUGAAAUGUUCAGCUGCAGUGCCAUAACAACUGCAGAGUCCAACAUGAACCCGACUUCAGAGAGAGCAAUGCUAACCCAGGACAAAAGAGGCAGCGAGAUGGCCACCAUGGCAGUACGUAGCACCGUUUCUAAGAGGAGAACUGGAGAUGAACACAGAAAUUGCCAGUCCUCUGCUCAGUUGGCAGCUUCAGAAAACAAAACCUGUCCCAUGUAGGGUGGGAGGUAUGAUCAUUAAUGCAGUGCUACAGCGUAUUUCCUGGUUUUCAUCAAUUAAUACAAAAAAUGUUGUCAGUGUGGACGUUAUGCACCUGUGGACACAAGGGUUUGAGAUUCCAGGCUCCUGAGCACGUGUAAGUUUCUUGCAGUUACAGUCAAACACCCAGCCCUAAGGUGUGUCCCUUCUUCCACUGUGCUCCUCUUCCCAAUCCAUAGCCUGCUUGGUCCUGAAAAUAACAUCAGAGGAAGCCUGUGUUGCAGUGCUGGCAGGUAACACAGGAAGGGCAGGAGACUUCUAUGCUGAUAACAGCUCCUUGGUCAGCUGGACAAAAUCAUGGAGUGGCACAUGGCU